CGACCACCACAAAAGAUGUCUUCCUGCCAAGACCUGUGUUACCGACCCAGCUCAUGUUAUCCUGACAUAUGCCCAGAUCCAUGUGUUGUUGCCCGCAAUGAGCCUUGUGUCACCUCGUGCGGAGAUUCGACAGCAGUGGUCUAUCCACCACCAGUUUCCGUGCUAUUCCCAGGACCAAUUCUCUCUAGCUGCCCUCAACAGAGCUUAGUGGGAAGCAGCUUACCAGCUCUACCCUAUGGAGCUGGGGGUGUAUCUGGGGGUGGUAUUUUGGGUGGCUCAAUUGGUUAUGGUGGAGUUUACGGUAGUGCAUACGGGGGUAGAUAUGGGGGUGGUUAUGGGGGCUUAUAUGGGGGUGGUUAUGGGGGCUUAUAUGGUUAUAGGGGCUUAUGCGGUUAUGGGGGCUCAUAUGGGUACGGUGGUGGAUACGGGGUUGGCUAUGGGGACUUAUGUGGGUAUGGGAGGAGAUACAGUAGCAGGUGCUAUUCUUCCCGCCGUGGAAGCUGUGGCCCAUGUUAAACCCAGAAGAAAGAUCCACAGAAGAAGAAACAACCAGGAAAUGAAAGAGAAGAGAAAGAUUCACCACUCAGCUACAACACUACUCAAAUCAGUGUGGGUUUUGGUUGUUCGUUGCCUGUAUAAAUCAGGCCUAUCUAUGCUUUCCUCUUGUUACCUGUUACCUUAGCUUCAUGGUCUGUAUUGUUCUGCAGCUUAGUCUUAUGCUCAUAUUGGGCUUUUGUCCUAUUUGAUGCUGAGGAGAAAAAAAAUGG